AUGCCCGCAAAACAGAACCAGAACCACACAUCCAUCCCCGCUCUACGCACAGGCUCAGGAAUAAGAGAGGGUUUGGCGAAAGAGCUAUAUCAUGAUGCUAUGAACAGAGGUGAUGGUCGAUCGUUAGCAGCUGAUGAUGCCGGAUCCGAGAAAAGCCUAGCACAAGCGCUCUAUUCAUUCGUUCGUACUGGCAGAUUGGACGAGGCAGUUGAAUUAUGCAGAAAAGCACAUCAGCCAUGGAGAGCUGCAAGUAUCCGCGGUUCGCUAUUCUUUCAGUGGCGAGCUAUUGCAAACGAACAACGGGAUGACGACGGCAUCGAUGACGCCGAGGAUGCCGAAGGAUGUACCCUCAAGUCCGCAUGUCGAACAUGGGAAGACCAUCUAUGGGCACAGAUCAGUAUCCUAUGCGAGGAGAAACAGAUGAUUACACUUGGUGGUGGCUUCUGCGAUGGAGGCCUGGUGGUAUUCAAAAAUAUGCCAUCGCCACCAUCCCACGAGGAAGAUGCAGCUGGGGAAGAAGAAUGGGAGAGGGAAGCGACAUCUACAUUGGAAAUACUAGGGCGUUCGUGGCGGACGGACCAUGCAUUCCAUGUCUCUCAGCUGGCCAUCAUCCUCGAUCGGACAAGCUCAUUGCUAGAAACAUUUGCAGCUGGACUCAGGGAUGGAAACUUUGAUCCUGAAUCAUCAGAUUCCUCCGCUCGCGACCCAAGUCGUUCUCGAGGCUUACCUACAAGUAUUGGAAGCCAACGAGAGUGGAUCGCCAUGUAUGCCGGCGCACUAGGAGACAAUGCAGUGGAGCGAUAUGCAAUGUUCUUUACCUCGCUCGAACUGACUGCGGACAUCAACUUGAACGAACGUCGAUUAGUGUUGACUUGUGCGCGGGAACAUGGUCUAAACGUUCAUAGGGUGGAAGUCGUCACUGCCGAGCGAACAAUCGAUAGAGCGUUCCACGUUGGUGGGACUCGCAUCUCACGAAACUCGUGCGCUGAACACUACUUUCAGCUUCUACGCCAAAUGAAGGACCCGUUCCCUUCUGUCAUUGUGUUACAGGCCACUGCUUCCGAUAUCAAGUUCCUGCUGCUUCGUUCCAUAGAGUGGACGACAUUCGAGGAUGGAACAUAUGAUACUGCUCUGGAACAAGCCACCGUCAUUUUGCCGGUACUUCCUAGGGUUUCACUUGCAACGAAUUCCGUGGAGAUGCUUCCGCAUGUACUCGCCUCCAUCGACCAACCUGAGGAACGAGCCACAGAUUACCUUCACUACAGGCAGGUCUUCACGAUCUGGGACAGUCUUGACCGGGUCGUGGAGUGCCAGAGUCUAGCUGGGUUGGAAGGGGGUGGAUCGGAUCCUUUCAAGAUUAUUCUAUCGUAA